AACUUUAACUGUGAAUGCUAAUGACCGUACCACAACGCAGCAGCAGCAGCAACAACCUUCAAUGCAACAACAACAAAUCCAACACAGCCACGAAGAGUCGCAAGCAGAACCAGCAUUCAUCAACCGUCCGUCGACACCGAAAAUGGCCAGCGCAGCGACGUUGGCAUCUGGCAACUCCACAAGUGUGUCAGUCACCUCAAAUGUCCCAACAGCCACAGUCGCCGCUGCUAAAUCACCCGCCCAUGCGAUUUCUGACAGCAGCAACGCCACCAACAGCAACGACAGCGGCAACAGUGGCAGCCACGGUGCUGCAACACCAACGUUCACCAUUCUAAUUGCCAUCGAAAAGUCGGGCCAAAUGUGCGUAAUCGACUUAAUUUGCCAAAGUCUGCGUCUACUGACAAGGCAAAUUGCGUAUUGCGAAAUUCUUGCCGUUUGCCUCGAACACAACUUACUACUGGAACAACAACAACAAUCACAACAGCAGCAGCUCUCAGCAUUUGGCAAUAAUACGGCUGUCAGCAGUUGCGCUAAUGGCGAGAAUAACGAGAGUUGCAUUAAGGAGCAGCAACAGCAAGCAGCAGCGACACAACACAAAACAACAUUCGUUGAAAUUCAUUAGCGUCAAUGAAGUCACGACAAGUGUUGCACCAUCGCAAUAUCCGUACGGCAAAUUCAAGGUUUGCAUCAUCACGACGCACGGAAGUGGCGCGAAUUCUUCGUCGCACUGGAACCCUUUCAACGGCAAUGCGCCACGGCGGGCCAACGGCUAGUGGCCGCCAUGAGUGACAUACGCUCCGCCGACCUACAGGGUUUACCCACACGUCGCCAAUUGUAUGCGCAACAUCGCGCGCUAAGCCGCGCGCUUAUGGAUUCUGAAUUACAUAAUUUGCGCAAGCGUGGCGCUUUACAGCUAGCGCGUUUGCAGGAGCUGGCCAAAUCGUUCGCGCUGGUUGCAGCAACGACAACUGACGCUGGCGAAAAUAGCCAUAAUCAUAAUGGCAACAUUUAUGGCAGCAGCUCUGGAGCCGGUGGUGCAGGCAACAACAAUCGCCACAGCAGCAGCAACAAGCUAUUGUCCACCAUUUCAUCCAUCAGCCAUCUCGGCUUUGGUGGCAGUUAUAACUUUAGCAUGACACAUCAACAACAGUCGUCACAAAAUCGCCCCGCUGCGUUAAAGUACAGCUCAAUGACGUCAUGCGAUACCAUC